AUGGGUCAAUCAUUCGGUCACACAAUAAAUAACGGCUUUGAUUUAUAUUUUCACCCAGAAAUUACACCUAGUCCCCUCGAAGAUCCAACAUUUGACCCAUUAGAAGGAUUCCAAAAUGGUCGAAAAAAGAGAGUUAUGAUUGCCACAGAAGAUGAAAUGAGAUCUGCCAAAUUGCCUUUGGAAGAUCGAGAUUACUGUGCACAUUUGUUACUCAAAUUUCGAGCAUGUAGAAAAGAAAAUUGGCCUUUUGUGGUCAAUUGCCAUCAUGAGAAACAUGAAUUUUUAGACUGUAAAUAUGAAGAUUUUGUUAUCAGGAUGAAAGAAUAUGAACGUGAACGAAGAUUGAGAGUAUUGCAACAAAAGCAAUCAGCAGAAGAAUAA